AUGGCGAAGGAAUCCCCAAACAAUAAGGGAUUUUCCGGGUCUACAGGUAUAAAUCGAAGAAACCUGGCGAGUAGUAGUGGAAAUAUCCCAAGUGUUCCAAAUAAUGAUAAUAAUAAUAAUAAUAAUAACAAUAAUAAUAAUAAUAAUAAUAAUAAUAAUAAUAAUAAUGCACCAAGAUAUGUUUAUAGUCCAAAUAAUAAUAAUAAUAAUAAUUCAAUUACAAGUCCAACAAGACAAGGAUAUGAAAAAGGAUCGCCAUCAACUUUAUAUGUACCAACAGAAUCAUCAUAUCAACAAGAUAGAGGAAAUGGAGAUUAUAAAGCAACAGAAGAUUCAAAUUAUCUAAGAGCCAGUCAAAAAGCUAGUAAUUAUUUCCCGAUUCCAGAUUCUGAAAAUAGUGGUGUCAAUCCACAGGCAAAAGAGGAAUUGAAAAAAGAGAUUGCCGAUCGACAGGAUCCAACCAAAACUGGUAGUCAUGUCUAUGUUCAUCAUCUAACAUACACUGUCAAAGAUGCUGAAGAUAAACAUCGUAAAGUUGAUCUGUUGACUGACAUUUCAUUCUAUCUCAAGCCUCAAACCAUGACAUUGAUCCUUGGUACACCGGGAUGUGGUAAAUCAUCCCUUUUCCAUGUAUUGGCAGGUCAAGUCAGUGAAAAGAAAUUACAAGGAACUUUAUUAUUCAAUGGUCAUAAAAUUAACAAAAAGAAUCAUCAUCGUGAUAUUUCUUUUGUUACUCAAGAAGAUAUGCAUAUGCCAUUAUUGACAGUUCAAGAAACAUUUAGAUUUGCAUUGGAUUGUCAAAGUAGUGAUUUAACAAGUGCAGAAAAAGAAAUGCGAGUCGAAAGUUUAAUGAGACACUUGGGUUUAUACGAACAAAGAAAUACAAUUGUUGGUGAUGAAAUGGUUCGUGGUAUUAGUGGUGGUCAAAAGAAAAGAGUUACUAUUGGUGUUAAUGUAAUUAAAGGAAGUAAUUUACUUUUAAUGGAUGAGCCAACUACUGGAUUAGAUUCAUCAACGUCGCUGGAUAUCAUAAGUUCAGUUAAAACAUGGGUACAGUAUGGAUAUUCACCAGCUUUAAUCACACUUCUUCAGCCAAGUGCUCAAUUGGCAAGUCUUUUUGAUAACCUGAUGAUUCUAUCCGAGGGGCAAAUCGUUUAUUUUGGUCCAAUGAUGUCUGCAUUGGAUUAUUUCGAAAACCUUGGUUUUGUUUGUCCCAAACAUAAUAAUCCUUCUGAAUUCUUUCAGGAAAUUGUUGAUACACCAGCAAGAUAUUCUGUUUCACAACCUCCAAGAUGUCAAACCUCUGAUGAUUUUGUAAGAGCAUAUAAAAAUUCAAACAUGUAUAAAGAAUUAAUGCAAUUAAUGGAUUCACAUCCAUCUGGUAUAGUUGAUGAUAAUGUAAAUGUUAGUCAGUUGAGUGAUAAUAUUGAUAAGCCAAUGUAUGCAAUUGGUCUACACAAAAUGUUGUAUUACAAUGUAAUGCGUGAAACCAUGAUGACACUUAGAAACCUCUAUGGAGUAGCUGUCAGAGUACUCAAAGGUUUAAUCAUGGGUAUCAUUCUAGGUACUCUUUUCUGGCAACUUGAUCAUACAGUCGAAGGUGGAAAUGAUAGAUUCGGUCUACUUUUCUUUUCCAUGACAUUUAUUAUUUUCUCUUCUUUUGGAGCAAUCCAAAAUUUCUUUUCUCAUCGUGCUAUAUUUUAUGAACAAAGAUCUUUAAGAAUGUAUAAUACAUUUUCAUAUUAUAUUGCAACUAUUAUAGCUGAUGUUCCAGCAGCAUUGAUUGAAAUUGCUAUAUUUGGUUCUAUUACCUAUUGGCUUUGUGCUCUUAGAAGUUCAUUUAUUCGGUUCUUUUAUUUCCUUGGUUUAUUGGUUUUAUGUGAUAAUAUGGCAUUGGCAUUUGUUAAAUUCAUGUCUUGUAUUUCACCAACGGUUGAAUUGGCCAAUACUCUGGCAAGUGCGACUUUGGGUAUUUUCAUGUUGAUGUCUGGUUUCAUGGCCACACGUAAUCAAAUUGGAGGUUGGUGGAUUUGGCUAUACUUUAUAUCACCGUUUACGUGGUCGUUCCAAGGUCUGUGCAUCAACGAGUUUGCCGAGGUUGCCUACCAUUGCAAUCCAGAAGAAUACCAGCCACCCGUAAACGAGCCGUUGUUGGAGGUACCAGUGGCGCAGGGUGGGUAUGGUGGCACACGUAUCUGUCCCUACACUGAAGGAGAGGAUUUCCUCAGAAUAUUUGACAUGCACACCAACGAUGGAUUCAAAUGGCUGUGCAUGUCGUUUAUCGUGUUUUAUGCCAUCUUUUUCUAUGUUGGUGGUUACUUGGCACUGCGGUUUUUGCAUUUCGAAAGCACCAAACAUGCCCUCAAAGCAAAGUCCAACAAUCCCAUCACACGAUACAGAGAGUGGCGCAAAAAGAAGAAACUGUCCAAACACCGUCGCCAAGAGGUGCUCGAGCAGUCUCUCAGAGAGAGCGCCACACUGCGCCGCUCGCGUGGCAGUCUCAACGACGAGCAGAUCGAGAAACUCGAGCGUCGCGUCAAAGAUGAACACGAAAUGCUGGACGAUGAGCGCCAUAUCGACGAGGAGUUUGAAGACCAUAUCAUCCAUGUCAAUGGCUCGCAAGAGAUUAGACCAUCCAACCAACAACAAGGAAACAAGGGGUGUCUACUCCAGUUCAAAAACAUCAACUACUCGGUCAUGGUCAAGCAAAAGGACCAAGACACUGGCAAGAAGCGAAAGGUCCGUCUGCAGCUGCUCUACGACGUUUGCGGAUACGUCGAGCCUGGAACGAUGCUUGCUCUGAUGGGUCCGAGUGGUGCUGGAAAGAGUACCCUGCUCGACGUGCUUGCCGGGCGCAAGACAGGUGGAUUUAUCUCGGGCGAUGUCUAUAUCAACGGUCAUCCCAAGAACAAGUUCUUUAACCGUGUCGCUGCCUAUGUUGAGCAACAGGAUGUGCUGCCACCCACCCAAACGGUGCGCGAGGCCAUCUUUUUCUCGGCACAGUGUCGUCUCGGGCCAGAAUACUCGCACGAGUACAAGUUGACCAUGCUCGACAAGAUCAUCGAGGUGCUCAGUCUCAAAAAGAUUGAAAACUACAAGAUUGGUGUACUCGGCGACGGUAUCUCACUGUCUCAAAGAAAGCGUGUCAACAUUGGUGUCGAGUUGGCGUCGGACCCAGAGAUUAUAUUCCUUGAUGAACCAACAAGUGGGCUUGAUAGUGGGGCAGCCUACAAGGUCAUCAACGUCAUCUCCAACAUUGCCAAGGCACUCAAUCGAACGGUCAUUUGCACGAUCCAUCAGCCAUCGGCUGCCAUCUUUGAAAAGUUUGACCAACUCUUAUUACUCAAGACCGGUGGCAAGACACUCUACUUUGGGCCACUCGGAUACCAGAGCGAGGCAGUACUCAACUAUUGCGAGGGUUUUGGUCUGCACAUGAAGCCACACUACAACCCAGCCGAUUUUGUGCUCGAAGUGAGCGACCGCAAGGAAGCACCAAUGGGCCAAAACGGUGCGAUGGUGCCAUUCGACGGACCCAAGCUCUUCCUCGAGUCACAGCUCUACCAAGAUUGCCAGCAGCAUCUAGACCUCAAUGCACCGGUUCCCGACGGUCUCGUUGACAAGCACUUUGACAGUCAAUAUGGAUCCGGCUGGAAACUACAGUUUACAGUACUCAUGAAACGGUGCUGGCUAGCAAGAGCAAGAAGACCGCUGACAUAUGUCUCCAACUUUGCACGUCAGUUGUUGCUUGCCGUCAUUAUCGGUACACUCUUUAUCCGACUGGACUUUGAACAAGUCGAUGCUCGUGCUCGUGUCUCUCUACUCUUCUUUUCCCUCUUGUUUGGUGGUAUGACUGCCAUUGGAAGUAUCCCCACCACCUGUCUUGAAAGAGGUGUAUACUAUCGUGAAAAGGCGUCUGGAUACUACCAUGUCUCUGCGUAUAUGCUCAGCUAUGUCAUUUCCAACUACCCAUUCCUCCUCGCCACUUGCUGGAUCUAUGCCAUCCCGCUCUACUUUUUGACUGGACUCAACGAUGGAAAUGGAAGUGCUCGGUUCUGGUUUGCCAUCUUUAUCUUUUUCCUCGCAUAUAUGUUGUUUGAUGCGCUGGCGCUCUGUCUUGCACUCAUCUGUCCCAACGAUGUGGUAGCAACGGUUAUUUGUGGUGUCGUCUUGUCACUGUCUACUUUGUUUGCAGGUUUCAUGAUUCCACGUCCAAGUAUCAAAAAGGGAUGGCUGUGGAUGCAUUACAUGGACAUGGUGCGGUAUCCCCUCGAAGCACUGGUUACCAACGAGUUUGUCGACGAGACCUUUGUCUGUACCAACAAUGUCGGUGCCACCCCCAUCCCCCUCGCCGACGGUUCCAUCAAAUACUAUUGUCCCAUCACCAACGGUCUUCGUUUUAUCCAGUCCUAUGGUUUCCAUCUCUACCUUCGUUAUGUUGACGUUGGUAUCAUCUUUGGAUUCCUCGCUAUAUUCUAUUUUGUUGCUUUCUGUGGUCUUAAAUGGAUUAGAUGGCAAACUAAAUAA